UUUUGAUGAACUCAAGGACACAUGUGACAUUAUAGAAAAGUAAACAUAGUAAACGUAACGUUAUCUCUCUCUGUGGAGUAAACAAUCCGUGGUUUUAUCUUUUUUGUUGACUUUUUGUUGAUCGAUAUUGCGCAGCUAAAGAUAAUGGUAAGAAAGCCUGACGUCGUUCUGGAACUGGUCUCGGUUUUGUUACUCUAUCAAGUUGCUGAAGUGAAAUGUUACCAGUUCUUCUCCCCCGUUCAGUCACGCUCCGAUUGGCAGAGCGCACACGCCCGUUGCCAGUACAAUUUUAAUGGCUCUCUAAUCAGUGGCGAAGCUCCGGCCCUGAUAUUAAACCACGCCUUUGCCAGUGCACUUGGUGAAGAUAUUUGGACAAAUAGCUACCUUGCACUCUCUCCAUGGAUCAUAUACAAAGGUUGCUUUGACAUUACACAUAUUGGCGCCCCCCAGUUUUACAAAAUAACAACCAAUGAAUCCGCCAAGGAGACAGUGGGUUCCUGUUUCAAAACUUGUUCAGACUUAAAGACUCCUUAUUUUGGUCUUCAGGGUAAAUCCUGUUUCUGUUUACCCGCUCUGCUGCUCCUUAAGAAGGAUGAUGAACAGUGCAAAAGUUCUUGUGAAGGAAAGUUCGAGAAAUGUGGCGGUCCUGACGCUAUAAGUGUUUAUGAAAAAUUCCUUCCUGCUGACAAAGAUUUUUAUGAAUCUCGACAAUGUGCAACAGUUACUUGUAAGAAGAACAGGAAACACGUGUAUCGUGCCCAUAGGUGUUCUGGUCAUUUCAAAACUCUCUGUAGCAAUGGAGAUAUCAGUUCAGAGAAACAAUCUUUAAAGAAUAGUGAACAGUUUUGCAGUCAGAAGAAAUCUAAUGUAAUUAGGGAUGAUGUUGAUGACGUUUGUCAGACUGUUGGAGUGGAAAACUACACCCAGUACUGGAUAAACCUUCAUCGUUAUCCCACUGGACCAUUCCAGGCAGAUUACAAUGAAAGUGAUGUCUACCCAUUCUCUUGUUUUGUAUACAACAAUGAAACUCAGCUGAGAGCAUCCUCCUGUGAUCAAGAGCAGCACCCCUAUAUGUGUGUAGUAGAGUUGACUGACGAGAACGCAGAUUCAUUAUGCUCCAGCAAGCUAAGAGAGGAAAAUGGGUUUCUAAUAGAGGACGCAGAUGUAGUUCCGGUCACAAUGGAAAAUCUUUGUAAUAGAAUACAGCCACCACCUGUUUACAUGGCAUAUUUAACAUAUUCUGGUGUAAUAGGUCUCGCUGUCAGCGGUGGUCUCGUGUUGUUGGGUUGCUGUAUCAUAUCUCUUAUAUGCUGCAGUAAAAGAACAAAGAAACCAAAGAAAGCGGCACAUACUGAAAUGACCAAGGUUCAUUACUCGCCUGUGAAGAAAAACGAAAAUGUGUAAUUACUUUCUGAAGAGAUAUAGUAUGAAUUCUGAGGGGAAAAAAUGAAGGAAUGUAUAGUGGAACGUUCCUGAGAUAACUUCUAUCAACCUCGUUGAUAGAGGUGGUUGUUUGUAUUGUGUUCAAACAGGCAGUCAUUCACAGAUGUAAAUAUAUGGAAUGAAUUCGUUAUGAAAAAAAACUGAAUUCAUAAAAUGAAAGUUGAGAAAGGAAGAAAGGGUGUUCAGAAGAUAUUAACAAUAUAUUGAAAGAGUAAAAUAGCUUAAAUCAAAAACAAAUUUGUUUUAAAACAUAAAUCUAUCCUCAAAUGAACUUUUUUUUCCAUUGUGUUGAAAAUUGAUUUUUAUCCUUGAU